UUCUUCUUUUAUGUCUUCUUUUUUCUUUCGAAGAUUUGUCUGCAGCCUUGUUCAUAACUACCCGACCGAUGACUUUCAAGGAGAGCAGCAGAAUGAGAGUGACGGUAGACGGGAUGUCUGGAUAGGUGGUAAAUGGUGAGUAAGUAGUCGUCUGGGUGAUGAUGGGGUGUGACCAAGAGGGCUAGCGCGGAUGAGUCAGCCGGGGCGUCCAAGCUCCUCCCCAAUGUGCUCUUCAUCCCGAAUUUUCCUGCAUCCUCAACCUCCUCACCACACCAACCUCAUCCAAUUGCACCCUCAUUCCAUCCCCAAUUCCAUCCCUCCCACACACCUCCACCUCCAAAAUGGUUGCCAUUGCUCGAUCCUUCGGCGCUGCCCGCCUGGCCGCCCGCUCCGUCCAGUCCGCUGGCAAGCCUGCCACCCGUUUCGUCUCCACCCAGGCUCCCCUCCGCGUCCAGGCCCCCAAGAACAGCCUCGUCAUGAACAGCGCCGUCCGCAACGCCUUCAAGAACAACGCCGGCCGCCAGAUGAUGCAGAAGCGCGGUGUCGUUGAGUCGACCGCUGCCGCCAUGGUCGCCGCCGCCAAGAUCCAGGGUGCUGGUAUCGCCACCGUCGGUCUUGCUGGUGCUGGUGUCGGUAUCGGAACGGUGUUCGGUGCCCUCAUCCAGGGUGUCGCCCGCAACCCUUCCCUCAGGGGUCAGCUCUUCCAGUACGCCGUUUUGGGUUUCGCCUUCGCUGAGGCCACUGGUCUUUUCGCCCUCAUGAUGUCCUUCUUGCUCCUCUACGUUGCCAACUAGAGUGGUUGCUUGUCGGCGCACUCUGUCAUUCGGGUCUUCGGGUACGCGUUUCAGGGUGGAAAAUUUGCGUGGGGAUGGGUGUGUGCAUAACCGGACUACUACCUCCUUUUCCUUGACUCCUGUGGCAGCUCGGAUUGUGUAAAACAUGUACUUUAGAUCAGCAAUCUGAGGAGCAAAGAUCCAUGUUAGCUGCUCUUAAUUUUCGUAUCCUGGCUUGAUCUCUAUGACCUGCGUGAUCUGAUGACACUGAUGGUAACGAUGCGCUCUAUCGCGCCCUCCAUCCAGCUUCCCCAAUCGUUCAUCCAAUGGCCUCAAUGCAUCCGCUCAACCUAAUUCCGGGUGUUCCCAUGGCUUCUCCGCAGCUUGCGCGAUGGCAAUGGCCGCUGUCACACCUGCUGGUGCUGAUGAAAACUGGCAGCUCCGGGCCGCCAAGCCUUUUUACCGCCCGACCUCACCUCACCUCUUCCAGCAGCUCCCCCAUCGCUGCGCUCUUCCACGCGACGCGAAUUGGCUUCUUGCGCCU